CCGUGAAGAACGCCAACACAUGUACGUCCAAUGAUUUUGAAAGAGCUUCCAAGGCGUGCGUAACUACGUUCGCAAGAAACCUUCGGGAGGCAAAGGAUAAGACUUGCAGGUAAAAGCAAGAAACUACUUAAAAUAUACAUCCUUAGUGAGGGAGGGGUGGGGAAAGAGGGGAAGGCGGGGUAGGCAGUAUUCAGUUUGCGAAAGAAAGGAGCACAAUUUUUUGGCUCGAGGUAUACGAUAGGGUUUAAAGUGAAUUGAAAAAUAGGAGAGAGUACGAGAAAUUAGCAAUUACCUACAAAAUAUGAAUUUUUUGUCGAGCCUUCCAAAGUAAUCCAUGGUUCCAUUCUCGGUUUUAAUUUGCUCUGCCAAGUGAUUGGUUGAAAGAAACUAGCGCCAGCCUAUCAAACAAUCGGAUUCACGACUGUAACCAAUCAUGCAAGACUCUGUUAGUCGUAGUUUCCUGCACUUCAGACAAUUUUUUUGUCAUUCAUUUUGAGUUCUCAUAAAUUCCUCUUGCUAAUUUCCUUCCCUCCCAUUGCCUUCUGUUAUGACGUUCUUUUUUUUUUUUUUUUUUAAAAUUUUAUUUGUUUUUGGGUUUUUACAGUUUUUACAAGUAAAAGAUACAUCACAAAUUUCCAUUGCAUACACUGGACUACGAGAAUAAAAGAAAAGAAAAGAAAGAAAAAAAAAAAAAAAAAAAAAGGCAUCGUCUAAAUAAUAAAUUAAUUCAGCUAUUGUUCUAUCCCAUUUGUUGUAAUGGAUCUCAAGUUUAUUAUUCUUUCUGGCUAUAAAACGUUCUAUUUGAAACAUACUCUUAAUUCUUUCGAAAAAGGAUUUAAAGGAUAGAGAAGUCUUAUUUAGCUUGGUGCGAUAAAUAAAAUAUUUACCUUCUAGUACAAUAUAAUUAAGAAGGAUUCCGUCAUUGUCAUGAUUAGGCUCGUUUUGGUUUGACGACACUCACGCGAAAUGUGCCUUUGAAGAGGGUGGGGCGGUUUUGUUUCCUAGAUCGCCACUUGAAAAUCAAGAAUCACUGAUUUGAAACCAUUUUUUCUUCACCAAAUUUUUUUCAGGAAUCAUUACGCUGAAAUGCAAACCUGCAUAGGGCGAGCAUUACACAGAUGCAAAAAUUCUUCGGAUUCAACUACUCUUGGUAAAAUAAAUCAAAUCAAACGAGUGGCUGCCGCUUCGGAGGAGUAUUACUGCUCCUAUGGUGGGGUGAAUCCGGAUCCCUUCAAUGGAAAAGUCAUGCAAGGUUGCCGGAAGAAGGCUCAUAAGAAAAUGAGGAAAUGUCCAUCUUCGUUCCAUAAACGAUUCAGCGAUGACAAUGGAAGCACUGCGUUAUGCAGGUUAGAUCCACCGCUUACCUAAGCCUUAUUCCACCGCCACGGCGGUGGUCCACAAGCGCUCUUGUCACUGCGCUAUCCUUCCAACGUUUACGCAGAGAUCUGCCUUGGGAGGGAAUGAAGCGAUCUUAAUUUAGACAUGUCAAGAUUUCUUUUUUCCUUUCUCUCUUGAAGGUUAUUGUUAUAACUGGCGUUUUUAUUUUAUUUUAUUCUGUUAGAAAGUACAGUAACCUUAAGAAGUGCGUUAUUAAGGUUGCUGAGAGGUUCUGCCAAAAGACCCCAGAGGUAAAGAACCUGAUCAAGAUAUAUCAAGACCCCUUCAAUCCGUAUUGCCCCGGUGGCGGAGAUGCUAAGAAACCAAGUAAGUGCGAGCACAACGGGUACCUCGUUGACGUAACGGACCAAUAAUUAUUUGUCACCUGUGGAGAGGAGGAUUGUGGGGGGCCGAAUAGUUUUCAGGGGGGGAGGAGGGGGUAUCAUUCGUCGCGAACUGAGUAUAAAGGCAAUCAAAUAAUACGGAAUGACCUUUAUUUUCCUUUUCGUUUCAGAACCAAGAAGUGCCAUUUCAAGCCCUUUUGGCUUGUGUACCAAACGAGAGUACUUGACCAGGAGCAGGGUCUGUCUGGCAGAUUUUGUACAGACCUUGCAAAAAAAUCCCAAGAAACCCUGUAGGUCAGUAUGAAAUGUUUGUCUUAUUUAGUCCAUGCCAAUGUCGUUAGGGGUGGGUGGGAGGGGAUCUCCAGUCAUCUCAAUACAGUGCAUCACAUGGCUACUCCUUACCCACUACACUUUGCGGUCCUUUGUCAUUCGUGUUGGCUACCUGCGUAACAAACAAGAUCUUGGGGUGUUUUUUCCAGAAUUUUGUUAUGACUAAAAAACUGAGCCUGCAGUUUUUAAUAAAAGUUUUAUUUACUAACAUCGAUCCUUCUAAACUUGUUGUAUUUCAUGGCCGAAAGAAAUGUGGAGCUUCAAAUAAUUUGUUAUUGUUGUGCAAAUUUCUUUAGACAUUUCUGUUACUGAGUAUUGUCAGUUUUGUUUUUUGUAGAUCAGUCUUUAUGGAAAAGCUUCACAACUGUGCGAAAAAGGUCGCUCUCCAUUGCCAUAGGAACGAUACCAGUUAUAAUAAAAAGAGAAUAGAGACGGGGUUCAAGAGGAGUCGAUCCUUUCAACAACGUAGAUACUGUGAGGGGACUCAGGUCCAGUUCCCUUACCCAGCAGUAAAGCACGACCAGUGCGUAGGGAGCUACCUUGAACAAAAAAAUAAAUGUGCUCAAAGAUUUGUGGCUACCUACGUGAAGAACAAAGCAGACAAGUCUUUGUGUAGGUAAGUUGGGCAAUCUCCAAGAGAUUUCUCCGCGCUACUUUUUGAGAAAUUCCAUCCCUGCUUUGGUUUUUUUAGUCUGUACAAAGCUGUUUGAUUGGUCAAAGAAAACUCACACCUCUAAACCAAGCAGACACAGUCUGCGUCUGUACAAUUUGACAUCUCAUUGGCUCCUCCUAAAUUCAAGUAAAUUUUUUCUUUUUUUACUUUCUUUUAGCAAAUACGCUGAGGCCAAACUCUGUGCGAAGAACGAGACGCUGAAGAGCUGUAAGGUCACACCGCAGCUACAAGAUGACGUUGAUUUCAUCUAUGAUGAAUUCAAUCCAUUUUGUUCUAAGCGUAAGGACCCUCAAGAAAGGAUACUGCGUAAAAAACCAAGUAGACAACCACGUAGAUCUCCGGUACAGGACGUCGAAGAAAAAAUUCGUCCCUCCAGGGGAAAGAAAAUCUCUUCAAAGGUCUCAAUUCUUGUGGCAAUACUAUGCUCAGUUUUAAGUAUUGUCUCCUAAUUUUUUCACUUUAUUCUUUAGAGAAUUAGAACCAAUACUAAUAUAUCAUGAUAGUAACCCACUGCGAGAGAAAGUAUAAAGUUGUUAUAGAAAUAGAAUUAACUUUAUCAAAUUUUUACCUAAGUUAAAAACCACAUGGAUAAUAUAAAUCGAGAUUCAAAUUUUGUAUGUGAUGUGAAGUACUCUAACUAUAACUUAGUAGAUUAUAUCUAUUUUUAUACUUAUUACCCGUAAAGCCUUGAACGUUAAUUAGUACUUCAAGUUAUUAAUCUUGCAAAAUAUAAACUGAAAACACAAAAGAGCUUUUACAACACCUCCGUGGUUCAUGACUAAAAUCGAGGCAGAUAAUGUUUUUCAUGAUCGCAGCUUCAUUCGCUUUCGUCGCGUUUUCUCGCAUCAGACUUCCUACUCACUAACUAUUUAACCUUGAAACUAUUUAAGUGUAGAUAUAAUCAGUUGUCAAAUAUGUAGAAUAGUUGUAGCAUCACUCACAGUUUCUGGUAAAACCAGAGACCACUUACUCAAUAAAAAUGGUGUCAAUAGUGGGUAUUAGAUUGUGUAAUUCGUGCAACUGUUAGAAACAGUUACGAGUUAUAAAGAGUUGCUGCCCAAAAGAAAAUAUUUUUUGCACAUGAACUUUAUAGUGCGAGAAUCAUCGCAAAUUGACUUAAUAAAAUUUGGUUUUUUC